CAGAAGUGAGUGAAUAUUAGUCGCAGAAUUUCAUUUGAUCCAUCAGAAAUCGGAAUAUUCUUGAAGUUAAUUUCUGUUCUUGUAAAAAGCAUUGCGGUGUGAAAAUGAGUUGCCCAUUCAGCGAAGAGCAGUUAACGCAGUUAAAAACCUUUGUGGACCUUUGCACGGCCCAGCCACAAAUAUUAAACCACCCUAAGUUAUCUUUUUUCAAAGAUUAUUUAUCGCAGCUCGGCGUCACCAUUCCAACUGCUACUUUUGAGCCUAAAACUUUCUCGGCCUCCGGCGACAGCAACUCCAAUAAGGCUAAUGCAGAAGACAAUGCAGCUGCAUCGUCAGGUGAAGAGUCAGAUGCAGAAUCUGAUGUGGAACUGGAUAUGGAAGGUGUCAUAACGGAUACAUCAGAAGCUAAUCAAGACAUGGGUGAUGAUUCAAAGGAAGUGACAGAUGAAGAGCGUGACCAGUCUGAUGAGAAGCGUACUGAAGCAAUGAAGGCCUUUUCUGAGCAGCAGUUUGAUGAGGCCAUCGCUUUAUACACUGAGGCCAUAAGACUUAACCCCCAGAGUGCACUGCUUUUUGCUAAAAGGGGGCAGGUGUUCCUAAAACAAAACAAGUUACACGCUUGCAUCAAAGACUGCACCCGUGCCUUGGAACUCAACUGUGACAGCGCUGCUGCAUACAAGUUCCGGGGGCGCGCCUACAGGCUUCUGGGCAAGUUUGAAGAAGCUUCUCAUGACCUUUGCGAAUCACUCAAGAUCGACUAUGACGAUCAAACUAAUGAAUGGCUCAGUGAAGUGAAGCCUAAUGCUGAGAAACUGCGCCAGCACAAACUGAGCCUUCAACGCAAGAAGGAAGAAAAAGAGCACCGUGAGAAGUUACGCCGAGCCCGUAAGGCGCAGGAAGCUCGCGCGAAGGCGGCCAAAGAGCAGGCGGAGUCGCAGCCUUCCUUCCCCAACGUGCCCCCGGGAGGCAUGGGAGGGAUGGGCGGCAUGGGUGGCUUCGAAACCCUGGACUUCAUGAAACUGCUUUCUGACCCUGAGAUUGUUGCAGCUUUUAAGGAUCCCGAAAUCGCAAACGCGUUCUAUGACGUUUCUGCGAACCCGGCUAACUUCAUCAAGUAUCAAAGCAAUCCCAAAGUAGCUGCUGCUUUGGAACUGCUGAAGAGUAAAUUUGGAGCAGGAGGAACUACUGCGGCGCCUGGAGGUUUCGAUGGUGCUAAACCCGGUGCUGGGGCAAAAUCUACAGGCGACGAUGAUGUUGGCUUGGACUAACCGGCCUUUACAUGGCUUAGAUUAUACACAUCACAAUAUUUUUGGCUAUGGUAAAAUGUUUAUUGUGCAGGGUGUGAACAUCAUAAAAAUCAGUAGUCUUAGGGUCUGUUUUAUCAUGCAAAUUUUGUCUUGAAUGGGUUGUACUACACCUACCGACUGCGCCAGGGGGAAUUAAAUAUUGACACGAUUGCGUUUUAAGCCGGAUAUUCAUAAUUAUGCGAGUCAUAACUGUAUUGCAGUUAAAGUUCGUGGUUUUACGUACGCGAUGUCAAGGUUACCCACGAAUGUAUAGAUAAAGGUGGAUGGAUCGCUCUGCAAUACCCAUUUGAAGCAAGUAAUCUACUUGUGUUGACUGCCGAGUUUUAGGUCGGUCACCAUCACUCUCGCUCUAAUUUAGUAGUCGAAGUGGGUAUUCGCUUCAAGUAGGUAUUAGAAGCGCUGGAUGUACUUUCAUGGAAUUCAAAAAAUUCGUGCGAUUACCAUAAUUACUGACAUUUUUAACAGCGAACCGGCGUAUCCUCUGUGCAAACUGCCUUUGAAUCUAUCAAUCCUUCAGUCUCAUAAGGCUAGGCUAUGCUUGCGAACCGUUACCUGUAUAUUUUUUAUAAAAACGUGCUAUAGUUAUCAAAAGCCAUUAAGUAAUCAAAAUAAGAAGAAUAGUUACAGACAGGUCACUAGUGAGUACUCAGCUUCUAAUGUACAGUCCCAUAAUGAAAAUCAAAAAUAUUAUGUGACGAAUUGCAUGUUUCUUUUACUGCUGCUGGCUUAGGUUUAUUCAAAUGUUUCUUUUUAUAGUUACAUUCCAGUCGCUACCAAACUAUGUAUUACAAAUUAACAUUUCGGAUUUUAUUUUUAAAUAAAUGACAAACCCACCCUGUUUUAUAUUUUAAAGUUAUAACAAAUAAAAAUUUAAUUUCUCCAUUAUGUUAAUCCAGAGUUAAAGAUGGUAAGGUCUUUCACACCAUCAUUUGUGUUUAAUUUAUGUAUGUAAAAAUAUAUUUACUGAAUAAAAACUAUAUACUUAACUGUGUACAAUAUAAACUAAGUAUUUGCAAUUGCAUUUAUUUUGAUCAAAUUCAAAUCACAUAAUAUUAUUUUAACGAACCUAUUGUGUCUUAUUUUCAAUGCAUUAUUAUUAUUUUCACUUAAGAUUUAUAUUUUAUAAACCAUACUCUUUGGUUCACCAAAAAUAUAGGUAACUACUUUAAUAUUAUUCUAGUAAUAAAUGUAUGAAUAUUUGUA